UAAAACGUACCAGGCAGUGUGGCUGGGGGUGUGUUCAGUGUGUAUACGUGUGCCAGUGGUCCCACCAUAACAGGCACUUCUAUCCGUCUCUUGAUUUUGUGUUUAUGUCGAAGACGGCUUGGCUAUGAAUGAACGCCUCAAGACCGAGAAAGUCCACUGACACGUUUUUAUGACUAGAAAUAAAUGAAGUUUCGUCUGGUCAUCUGAGCGACAUGACUGUGUUUGUUAGGCCCCAUUUCGACCCAAGAUGAUGUGUUUUCUUCCCCAUGGAACAGUGUCCUCUUACUUGAAUGUCGGAUAUUUUAAGCGAGUGUCAUCAGCUGCUGGUUUGUGAUAACGUUAUGCCGUUACGUAGUUAAAUAUGGUUUAAUUGUACACGACGGACCUUGGAAGAAAACGCAAAUGACUGCUAUUUCAAGAAUUGUGUAGUUUGAAGUUUUUCAUUGCGUAUCGCUCACUGCCGAUGGAGGAGGGCUCUAUUCUCUUUAGUUAUCGGUCGCUUUUUGGCAGAGGAGUUUGUUUCGACCAUCAGCGCUAAUGAAAGCGGCAAAAUAUAUGCUACUAAGAAACUAAUGAGAAGAAGUGUUCGUGGAAGUUACGACUGCGUUAAAUGUUUUCAGCAGUUUCUUAUCAGAACGGAUUACCAAGGUGACGAUGAACUGAGCUGUUUUGCAACACGGAAAAUAGCGGGUUUUGUUGGUGACAGGCGUUUGCAAGUUCAUCCUGAAGCUCUGUGUUUGGAUGUAUGCAGAUUAAUAUUAAACUGUGUUGAGUGUUUAUCGCUCAUCAUGAUUCGACAUUUUGUCAUAGCUUACUGUUAAGUUGUAACCAUGACCACAGAGAUAAAGAUAUUGGAAUACAUACUUGUUUAUUAUUUUGUAAGCAGCAUCCAUGAGGCAUGUUUUCUUUCUCCAAUACCUAAAAGUCUGGGAGGAAAUAAAGUAACUCAUUCACCUCUUUAUAGCCCAAAUAGAUAUUCUUGAACUUAGGUUAGAGACUCGUCAUUGAAACUGGGUUACCUUUCUCUGGUGUCAUAGUUACUUUAGCCAUUCUCUAUGAAUCAGUGUUACAGCAAUUUUUAGUUAUGUAAGCAUUCAAACUAGGAUCAUGAGCAGUCUUUCAGUAAUAUAUGUAAUGUGAGUUAAGUUACUUAUUACAGUUGUGAAAGAAUAAAUUUGUAUAAUGCCCUUGGCUAGCAGUGGGAACCUGUACAUUUUGCUGAUUAUAACACUGGAGCAUGUUGCAAGAUUUAGCUGAAUUUGCAUUUUUUUUUUUUUUUUUUUUUUUUUUUUUUGCUAACAUUGCCAUGAAUAUAAACAUUCACUCAAGUAAUACAUAUUAGCAGGGCUCAAGUUUUUAUUGUGCAGUGUGGUUAAGUGUUGUAUGAUUAUUCUUGAUUGUAGACUAAAGUACCUAAAUAAGAAAGAAGGAAAUUAAUUCUUUGGAUUUUGAAGUAUUUUGAGUUUGGAAAGUGCUGUUCUAAAAUACUAUUACCAUGAUGGAUCCAAGAGGUGAAAAAGUCCCUUUUACAUCCACACAUGAGGCGUCAUCUUCCUGUGGUGGAGAGGGGCAGGAGAGUUCAGAUUUACUGGUGCAUCAGAAUAAACUGCUCUCCAAUAAAAUCCAGCUGAUUGAAAUGCAAAAUUUAGAACAGCAGAGACGCCUUCAGCAACUGGAAAAUUUGAUAAUGGAAAUUACAUCUGCCAAGUCUCUAGUUAAAGCAGAACAAAAGUCAUCUUCAGGUAUCCAGCAGCUGGAUAAACUUUCAGAGUGUGGUGGAAAAGUUCCUGUUCAGUGCUAUGCAGCAGGAGAAUAUCAUGGCAUGGAUCAAAAAACUUUGAGUCAUUCUGACAAACUCAAAACUUUGCAAUGUACAUCACGUUUUACUGUGAAAGACAGUAUGCACACAAACGUUCCUGUUGGCAAUUAUGGAAGGAUAAUUAAACAACUUAGUCUAAAAAGAAAGGGUAAUUGUAGUGAAUCUGACUUUUAUCACAGUCAGUUUGUCAAAGAUUGGCAAGUAUCUAGUUCAGGAAAUGAGGAACUCGGUCAGUCUGAUGAUGUUCUGAGUAUUAUGGAGGAAUUUGAUCGUACUGCCAGAGAGAAUGGUGUUAUGUAUAGCAUGACUCCCGAAGGAAGUGUGAUCAGUGCAGAAGAUUUGUGCAAUUUUCAAGAGUGUUUAAAAGACAAUUGCGAAGUUAUAGGGAAUUGCAAUUCUGUUGAUAAUGCAGAUUAUGAUUUAGACAUCCUGGCAACACCUGCAUCAGAAUUACUUACACCAUCAUUUCAGUCUCCUGCUCCAACAAUCUCACAGUAUCCAAGUGAGAAUGGACCCAUGAUUACUCCACAGCCUUGUCUUACCACACCUGUCUUACUCACAUCAGAGGCCUUAAGAGCUGUGGAGAGGACACAAGAUCAACAGUCUAACCCUGCACCAAGGUGGGGUCUUCGUGACAGGUUUCCAGUCCCUGACAGAGAGGAAAGAAAAAGUAGUCAUAAACAUUGUUUAGAUUUCAAGAAGAGAAAAAUGUGUCUCUUUUCAAACCUCCUUAGUGGAUUAAAUCAGAUGGCAAGUUCAUGUCACGAAAACAGUAGCCCUGAGGAUGACAAAUCAGCCAAAGAAAGUUGUUUGAGGGGCCAAAGAUUUAUUAAUCAGAGUAAUCUAGAACUGCCCUCCAGUAGCCCAGCCUACAGCAACAAAAGCAUUAGCUCAUCCCAUGUCAGGGAAUGGAGUCAGUCCAUGAGGCAUGUUUUUCUCUCUCCAAUGCCUGAGAGUCUCGUUGGGAACGAAGUACCUCAGUCACCUUUUUGUAGCCCAGAUAGCUACUCCUCCACUUACAUUCGAGACUGGAGUCAGUCAUUGAAAUUUGGUUACCUGUCUCCAAUGUCAGAAAGUCACUUCAGCCACUCAGAAGUUCAGCUAUUCUCCAGGAAUCCAUGUUAUGGCAACUUUUCCAGUUAUAGUAAACAUUCAGACAAGGAUCAUGAGCAGUCUGUCAGUAGUUUACCUCAUGAUUCAGAUGAGGAUAUAACUGAUUUGAUGCCCGAUAAGUCGGAGAAUGCAGAUGAUUGUGAGGCAUCUGAAGAGGAGGACUUAGUGGUUGAUGAGGUGGUUUCGCUCUCUAUGGGUGGAGGAAGUUCAGCAUGCAACAGUACUACCCUAAAUACUCGCCAACGUUCUGAAUCUGUUUGCUCAGUAACAGGUCCUUGUGUACCACCCGACCUCCUCCUCAACACUGGGAUGCACAAUGUGGUCGUAGACAACAUCAUUUCUUCUGAUGUUGAGGAGGAAAUUGCUGGACUCUUGGAUGGUGAUUUGCCAUUUGAGGACUCUGUGAUAAUUCCGGAUGAUGGUAUCAUCUCUGCUCCUCAAAUUAAAGUGGAAUAUGCAGAAUCAAAAGUCAGAGUGAAGAAAGAGUAUGAUGAUUUAUGUCAGGAGGAUUAUGUUAGUGAAGACACUGAAGGUGAAAAUGAAGAACAGACUACAUAUAACGAAGACCAAAUUGAAAAUGCAGAAUCUCUAGUGGAGACCAAAGCAGGUGGUGGAUUUAGAAACGUAGCUGACUUAAUUGGAAAUAACUCGCAAAUCUUCACAUGUAAAAAGAUAAAAUCCAAGGGAAGUCCUCAAGAGAAAACUAUAAAUGUUGAUGGACAGGACGUCAAAUUGCAAGCUGGCUCCAUUAUUUUGGCUGUUGUCAACGAGUCAGGAACUCUUGUGCCUCUUCCUCAGCUACCAGUUAAGGGCUCCAAGUUUGGAAGAGCAUUAAAAGUUGAAUCAUCCCCUGAAAAAGUGUCUGAGGAAGAAAUUGAUGUUGAAACUGUUACAGAAAAGGCUCCAGUACUUGAAGCUGGUGAUUUGGACAGUUUGCUUGCACAGUUUGAGGCAUCAGAAGCUGUUAACACAUCAGGCAUUGAACACAAUACUGCUAAGAUAAAAAACAACACUACUUCUGUGCCUGCAGUUGUCACAAAUGCCAAGAUUGGUCGGCAGACUUCAGUAUGUAGCAACAGUAAUACUCCCCAGGGGUCACCUGUGCAUCAAAAGAUCAAAAAUGCUCUUCCAAAAGAAGUUAUAGAGAAGAUUAAAGCUUCAACUAAACGUAAGAGCACACAGAUGUUGUCUGAACCUUUGCUGGUACGAAAGGGUCGAGGCAUCAAACAACCAGAAACAAACCAACAUCGCAAAAAAUCCCAUCGGUCAUCUCCUCAUGCAGUAAAAAACAUCACUAGUGAUCGUGUGCCACCACCAUUGGAUCAUGAUUACUGUUGUUCACCAGAGAAGCAAAAGAGUAAAGGGAAUAUUACAGAAAAUGCUUCACAACCUGGAGACUACUUCAACAAAUUACCUGAUUACUAUACUGUUGCAGCAUCAAAAAAUGAUAACAAAAAGGCCAGCGCUACUGCAGAUGACAAUCAUGACGACAGUGGAAAAAAGGAUAGUGGUGUCGAAUCUGGUGAUGUGAGUGAUGCUAGUGUUGAAACAGAAGAUCGGAGAAAAGACAUAAUAACUGUAAAAUGUGGAGCAGUGACUGAUAACUGGGAUAGUAAUACAAAGAGUGAUGUUCAUAUAGCAGCAAGUAAAGAUGAGGAUGUAUAUGACAAACUUCCUCCUUACAUGACUGACAUUGGUAACACCAAACCCAAAGUUGAAGUUGAAGUUGAAGUUGAGGAAGAACCUGAAAAAGAAGUGUGUGAGCAGACAGAACAAAAACAGGAAGUAAAGAAGAUUAAAAGGAAGCUUAAUUUAUCAGAGUAUCGACAAAGAAUACAGAGUGCUCAUAGUAGUCGAUGCCCCUCUCCAAAUCAGACAGAUGCAUUGUCAAAAAUUCCUACCACAGUUCCAUUGUCACUAGGGGAGUUGAUUCAGAAAAUGAAGGAUGCAGAAAAAGAAAAGGAAUCAGUAGAUACUCAGAUACCUGAAGAGAAACCUGAAGAUCCUGCAGUACCUGUUGAAGAUGUGGAAGAAGGAGAGUUGAAAGGAGACUCAGAUAGUGAAGUUUUAAAGGCCUCUAGUACUGAUGAUAUGUCAGAAAAACUUUCUGAAGUGAAAACUGAAGUCAAAUUGCCAUUUGGCAGUUCUGUGCCAGCAAGUAGUCCAGUGACCUCCAGCUGCAGGGAAAGCCGUAAAAGCAGUAGUUCUCAGGGUUAUGCCUCAAGGAGGUGGUCUUCCUCUAGUCAUAGUAGAAGCAGGAGUAGAAGUAGAAGUAGAAGCCCAAGGAGGAAACAUUCUUCUCACUACAGGAGAUCAUCCAGAGGGAGGAGAAAAGGAACUCGAAGAAGAAGUUCAAGAUCUUCAGUGUCCUCAUGCAGAAGUAGGAGUCGGGGUUGGUCUAGAUCAAAGUCAAGGUCUUAUUCCAGAUCAAGAGGGAGAAGUUCCUCUGAAUAUAGUGAUUGUUCUACAUGCUCAGGUAGCUCUAAAUCCAGGUCAAGAUCAAGGUCACACUCCUAUAGGAAAAGGGAAAGAAGUUACUCAAGGAGAUAUUCAGGUAAUUGGGACAGAAGAAGAAGAUCCCGGAGUUGGUCCCGAUCAUCUCGUUAUAGCAGAGGUCAUAGGUCUAGAUCCCCUAGCUGGAGAAAUUCUAGAAGGUCAAGAUCAUCAUCAAGGAGACCUGUAAGACCUAGGAGAUCGGAGGAUGAGGACAGACUUAAGCAAGUUGAAGAAAGGCGGGUAAUUUAUGUUGGUCGCAUUACUGAAGGUACAACAAAAGCAGAGCUUCGUCGGCGAUUCCAAAAGUUUGGUACCAUAUUGGAUAUCAGUGUACAUUUCAGGGAACGUGGGGAUAAUUAUGGGUUUGUAACUUACAUGAACAAAGAUGAGGCCUAUAAUGCUGUGGAGCAUGGGAAUGAUGACCCUUCAUACCCUCGUUAUGAUCUGUGCUUUGGAGGACGAAGGGCUUUUUGUAGGGUUCAAUACUCAGAUUUAGAUGCUCAAGAUGAAGGUACGGCAUACCUUGGUGGCUCAAUGGCCGGGGGUAAUUCUAAUGUAGACUUUGACUCUCUUCUCCGUGCUGCCAUGAAGAGGAAGACACGAUGACCUAGGGGGUGUAUAGAAGUUUUCAAUUUGGUAACAUUUAGCUGACAAGUAUUGUAAAUAGGAAAUUUUUAUAUGUGAUUUAAAUUUAAUAACUCCUUCCUUCUUCCCCCUCCCCAUUUUAUUAAAGUUGCUCAUUUGUUUUUUCAGCUCCAAGUUUAUAUUGAGCAUCGUAAUUUUUUAAAUCCCAUGAAAUAGCAGUGCUUUGUAGGCUCAUGACCAGUGUAUGUAUAUAUAAAAAAGUAAAAUUUCCAAAGCAUGUGAGAAGGGUAUAUAAAGGAAUCCAAAGUAAUCUUGUAUUUUAGGCUUUUAAUUAGAGAUCCUUUUUGUGGAUCACGUUACAGGCUUAUUCUAUUACAAGAUAUAUAAAGCACAACAGUUUUGAUAUAUCUUUACAUAGUGUAGGACUAUAUUUUAUUUUAGGGUUUAAAGUGGUUUCAAUUUGGAGGAUGUUUUUAACUGAAAGCACCCACUUAAGUUCAAAUAAUAAAAUUACUACUUUAGACCUACACUCUGUAAAGCUAUUUUUUGAGAGUUGUGAAUGUGAUAAGUUGCAUAGGGUAUUUUAUAUUUGUAAAUUUAUAUUUUGAAUUUUGUUAAUGUAAAUUGCCCAUUCCUAUAGAGAUUUAGAAAUUAUAGUCUCCAAUAUUUAACAGAUCAGGAUGUUACAUGAUACGGGAGAGGUUUUGCAAGUUGUGAAAUAUCUUACUAUAUGGUUGCUCAUUUCGCUUGAGAAGCUUGGAAAGCCUUCAUAUAAACAGACUUGAAGUUGGAGCCCAUAAGAUUAUUUUGGUUUUAUAGAAUGGGUUUAUGACCUGUACUUCCGUCCAUCCAUCCAUAUUUAGUAUGCCCGUUCAGGAUUGUACAUACUUUGAAUAUUCAUUGUUAAAUAUUUAUCAUUUGAAAGGAUUUAGUGAGUGAGUAGACAUUGUUAAGCUCUGAGGCCAAUGUUUGUAAAUGAAGUAGACAUUGAUGUACUUUGAGCACAAUUGCAUUUAACAACAUGGUAUACGGUCGUAAAAUUUACCAUUAAUUUUUUCAUUUUGUUACCGUUUACUUGCACAAAAGAAUGAUUCUUUAAAAUUUAUAUUGUGUAGAGCAGCUAUAUCCAUUAGUAUGUUGCUAGGCUAAAGAAUACUGGAGGUAUCCCACAUAUUCUCUUGAUUAUUGAUUAUCUUUUUCCCAGGUAUUGUUGAUACAUAGGUUCAGCAUAUUCUAAAUGGAAUGAAAUUAUGAUUUUCCCCGAGUUAUGAUGCGAUACAUUCUGAUAAACCCAUUGUAAAGUAAAAAAAAUAUUUUUUUAGUAGAAAAUGCAUUAAAAUUUGUUUCCUGGGAGUUAGUAAUUUUAUGAUGUAACCAUAAGAUGGAUUGAAAAAGUUUUGCUGUUGCUAAUUACAUCUUGGCAACACGAACAUAAUUGGAAAACUACAGCAUUCUUCAUAGUUGAGAACAUUCCAGAAUUUACCUCAGUAUUGCUUAUGGAAUGAAAAUAGCAAUGUGAAUUACAUGAUUAUUAUAUUGAAGGAAGAUAUGGAGAGAAAAAUUUGGUGGCAGAUGCCAUGAUAGAAGGCAGUGGAGAAGGAGUAUCAGGCAACAGACCCCUUAACGUAGGGAUAACGGUGAGAAAGAAGAGCAAGACAAAAUUCUAUACAAACGGACUUAGAUCAUUCCAUUUCUACAGACGAGUGUUAAUACCAUUGAUGCAUUCAAAGGAAUAGAAAAAUAAUUGUUCUACAAAGACACUCCUACUCUUCAUAAGUUGCAUACACUAAUGUUAACAAUCAUGGCUAUAUAUCCCUUUAAAAAAAAAAAAAAAUUUACAGAAAACUUUUGUGAGCAAAAUCUGGACUCUACUGAAUUUGCUUAACUUUUCAGUUGAACCUGUACUAUUAAUAUAUCAUGACAAAAUCAAAUAUAAGAUUUUGAAUAUCUUGUCAAUUCUUUUGACAGGUUUGCAGUGUCUAUCAGUUGGGCAUUGGCUACUGCCAGAUAUGUUUUUCAAUGUACAAUAUUUGGAUUGCAUAUUUUUUCUUCUUAAAUGAGGAAUGUUGCAAUAAUUAUUAUAUGUAUAAGUAGCAUUAUAAGUACAAUCUCUAAAGGGUCCAAAAAUACUUCUACCUUUACUUGGAUCAUCAGAAGGCUAAGCAGCACACUUCUGUAUCUUGGCUUUCAACCAUGAGUGAUUUCUCCUCAUCAUUUACCAACCCGACUCCUUUCAUUAUGAUGCCCAGUGGAUUUUACAGAUGCUAAGGUUUCACAGCAUCACUUGUUAACAACUGCAUGGGUGACAAAAAAAAAAUUAUAAAGGGUUAGAAUGUACUUUCAACUGAAUGUGAUUUUUGCUAUAUCCUUGGUAGUUCAAAUACCAUCAGCAAACCAUCAUAACUUGGGGAAGUGACUGUACUGAUAAUAACUUUGGAAUGUCAUGAAGGCUUGUUAUGAAUUUUUUUGGCACAUCUUAUCUGCUACAUAUCCAAUUCUGCAUGGUUGUUGGAAUUCAUGUAGCAUAGUGCUUCUGAGAAAAAAAAAAAAAAAAAAAAAAAAAAAAACUGGACAACUGAUCUCUGUAGGAAUAAGGCUUACAUUAACAAAAAACAAAGGCAAAAGGGUCACCGAAAAGGUUUUGUUAGGCUGAAAUGUUGACUUAUUUUCCCCCUCCCCCAUCAAUAUUUUUGCAGAUUUGCAUUUGAAGCCCCCAGUAGAGAGUGAAAUAUGGUGCUUAAUAGGAAUUGUGUGACCAGAUCUUUGUUGUGCCAUUCCCCAUAGUCUUGAAGUUACUGAGUUUUUAAAAGAUAUUGACAUUAACAUAGGCAGCUGCAUAUCAAAUUAGUGAACUCAAAAGUAAGGUGCGUUGCACCAUUUCACAAUAGUAAAUGUUUACCAGAUGUAAUGCAGUUGUAAUGGUUGUUAUUUGCAUUUUUAUUGAUGUUAGGUUUGUUACUGUUACUAGACAAUAUUUUAAAGACAUUCAAGUGAAGUUUCAUUUUUUCAGAUGUGAGAGAAAUUUACAAUAUUAGUCAUAGAACUGAUAAAUUGGGUUGAAAGUAAUGUAUUAAUACUAUAUGUAGGCUUUUACAGCCUGAAAUUUAGACCAUCAAUCCUACACUUAACAGCACUUCAGUUUAGUAUUUUUUCAGUUAUUACAUUCUUUUUUUGGUUUUCUGUAUUUUAAUUGUACACUACACAGGGCCGUUUACUCAUUAGAAGAGCCCACAUUUUUCAAUUUAGGCAUUAUGAUUUUCCCUCCCUUAAUUUAUUAUUCGUUAUUAUAAGGUACUAAUGAACUUUGCUAAAUUAGCCUUUUUAAUAUGCGAUUACACUUAAUGCUACUUUUUACUUUGUGAUUACACUUAAUGUCAUGUAAUUUAGCUAUCUUUUUCUGAAUUGGUCCAAAAUAAUUUAGUACAAUGGUAUUACACAUAAAUGGUGUUAUGCAAUAGUGUUGAUAUAAUUUUCAAUGAGAAUCAUAAUGUAUUAAGCCUUUUUAGAAGACAAGUGGUUAAAUGAAGAAGUUCCUGUAAAUAAAAAGAAUUGUUCAGUCGCUAUUGUUUAGUGAAUUAAUUUUUUUUUUCUAUUUUUUAGCAAAUACUGUGCAGUUUUGUUUUUGGCUUUAAUCAUUGCUAGGGAAAAGUUUUGGGGAUUUCAAAAUUUUAAGUUUAAACAGCAAUAGGGUAAGGAUCUUGAGUUUUGGUUCUAUUAUACCAUCAACGUAUCCUUUACCAGGUUAUAGCUUUGGUAAUCCAGUAAACUGUUGUAUUCAAUUAAGCAGAUCUGUUUAAAAUCAACUUCUAGUAUUUCUUUUUUUUAUAUAUAUAUUUCUCAAGGAAGUGGCUUUAAAAAUGCUUGCUAUUUGCUGUUAUUUUAUUCUGCAAUUUCAUUGGGUCGGCUACACACCUUAGCUUAGUUCAGGGCUGUGCCUAGUUUUGUGUGGUUGACAUAUUUGUUCCCUUGACAGUUUUGGUAUACAGUCAACCUCCGGUAUUUGCGCAGGAUGUGUAUUACAACCCCCCAUGUAUAUAUACUUAAAACCCUUAUUAAAACUCUUAGAACUGUUUGUUUUGAUAUUUCAAACUCACAAAGAAAACCUCUAAAAAUGCGUAUACCUGAGUAUUUCAAUUAGUUUUAUCAAACAUUGCAUUUAGUCAUGAAAAUACAGUAAUUAGUGAAUAUUUCUCUGGAAAUGCCACAAAUAGGCAAGUUCACGAAACGCAAAUAGUGGGGGUCAACUGCAGCUGUAAUGGCAAGGACACAUCCAGGGUUGUCAAGCACAUUCUGAAUAUUUUUAUUAUAUUUGUAUUGGAAAUGAAUAAUUUAUAUUUCAGUUUUCCUUAACUUUCAUUACAAGUUAAUGGCAAGCCCUCAUAUGUGGUAUUGUGGCCUGCACUUGUAUAUAAAUUUUUUCUUUCAUCCUAAGACCUGUGUUUUAUAGUAGCUGUGUAAAUUGUAGUGUGUAAUUAGAAGAAAUUAUAUAUAUAUAUAUAUAAAUAUAGUAUUGUAGGAAGCUAUGAUUUAAAAGGCUGUGUUCAUAUGGUUGACAGAGGAAUAUUUUGCUAUGGGUAAUACCUGGCUAGUAUUGAGGACUUGCCUGUGAAUGUCUGAGGUGUAUUUAUGUACAUAAAUUUGUUGGUAGACAGUCAUCUUGGGUAUUCUGGUAAGGCAAGUAUUAUCAUAAUCCCCUACAGCUUUGUUAUUCAUGACUUACCUUCAAGAUUAUCAGAUAGCUUGUAUAUUAUGUAAUUUGAAAGAUGCGUUUAGUGAAAUCUAGCAAGGAGAAAAUUUCAAGUUCACAUUUCUGCCUUGAACUACAAGUAUUUUGUUGUGGUGGUUCUAGUUUUAUGUGCAUCUUGAAUUACUGUGGAAACCCCACUGCUUAUCAAGAGUAUUCCCUCCCUGCAAUGAACUGUACUUUUAAAUGUUCAAAGUGUUGAGGUUAUCAUUAACAUGUGACAUCUUAAAUAUUUUUUUUCCUUUUUGAAGAAAAUGAAAAAUACUGUGUUCAGUUCAUAUAUCCUUUUUAAGGAUUCCCACUGUUUAGGCAAAGUCUUGCAGCAAAUGAAUGCUGUUGCUUUGAAAGAGGUGACAUUCCUCAAAUAUCUUCUAUUUGUUGUAUAUAUAUUUUUUAUAAUCUAUUAAAAAAUAAUGGAAUUCAUAACCUUCAAAGAGAGGCAUUGUUCAGGUUGCUUGGCUGUCUGAUAUUCUUUGUUUUUUAUUUAUUUAUUUUUUUUUUUUUAUAAAAUGUCAUUACAUCAAAGUACAUGAAUUGGUGAUAAUAAAGUGGGAAGUGUGAA